AUGUUUACUAAACAAUUGUUAUUCACCUUAGCCACUUCAUUGGCACUAGUUUUUGGUCAAAAGGCUAAAGUUGUUGAUGAUAAUCCAAGUGAUGUUGUUUUAAGAGCUGAUUUCCCUUCAUUUUAUAGUCAAAAUGUUGUUGGUAUUAUUCAAUUUUAUUCAUUAAAUGGUACAACAAAAGUUCAUGUUGAUAUUACUGGUUUACCAAAAAAUGCUGGUGUUUUCUCUUAUCAUAUCCAUGAAUUCCCAGUUGGUGAAGAUGGUGAAUGUGAAAAUUCAGGUAAACAUUUCAAUCCUUAUGGUGCAUCUCCAGAUUGUGAAGCUCAAAAAGAUGAUUCAUUAUGUCAAGUUGGUGAUUUAAGUGGUAAACAUGGUUUAAUCAAUACUACUUGUUUUGAAACUUAUUUCUAUGAUCCUUAUAUUUCUUUAGAUCCAGGUCAUCCUCAAUAUAUUGGUAAUAAAGCUAUUAAUAUUCAUUUAGAAAAUUUGGAUAAAUUAGCUUGUGGUAACAUUAGAGUUGCUAAAGAUCCAGAAGAUUUAGUUUUAUUAGAUGCUGAAAAAGAAGCUGAACAAGUUAGAAAAUAUGAAGAAGUUACUGGUGUCAAAAUUGAAGAUAGACCAACUGAUGCAAACAAACGUCGUCGUGAUGAACAAAAUCCAAAUUUAGUUGAAGAAGUUGUUGAAGAAGUUGUUGUUGUUGAAGAUGAUGAAUUAGCUAAAGAAGCUGAAGAAGUUGAUGAAUCAGAAUCUUCAGAAUAUGAUGAAGAAAAAUCAACUUCAGAUGUUGAUCAAUCAGAAUCUUCAGAAUCUGAUGAUGAUGAAGAAAAAUCUUUAGAUGAAUUAAUUUAUGAAGAUAUUGAAAAACAUAGAUCAAAUUAUGCAGUUGCAAAUUCAACUUUUAAUAGUACUGUUGGUGGUAAUUCAAGUUUUGUUAAUGGUACUGGUGAUCAUGAAACAAGUUCAGAAAACAAUGGUAAUGUUAAUGUUGGGUUUGAAGGAAUCUUGGGUUCAGCAUUUUUAGGUUUUGUUGUUUCUUAUUUAUUUUAA